AUGAACACUUCCCACAUAGAUGGAAGCCAUCGAGGCCUGGAGUUUUGUGAGCAGGCAGUUGUGACAUGGACUGUGAGGGACAGUGCCGUCCUUCCAACAAAUCAGAGGUUUCCCUGUACUGAGUGCGGGAAGGGAUUCCAAUUUAAAUCCCAACUUAAUUUGCAUGAAAGAUCUCACACAGGGGAGAAGCCGUAUUUCUGCCUGGAGUGCGGGAAAUGUUUUUCACAUACAUCCCAUCUUUACAGACAUCAGAGAACUCACAUAGAGGAGAAGCCAUUUUCCUGUCCUGAGUGCAGGAAAUGUUUUGUAAAUGAAUCUGAUCUUGUCACACAUCAAAGGUCUCAUGUGGGGGAGAAGCCGUAUUCCUGUUCUGAGUGCUCGAAAUCUUUUUUACAAAAAUCUUCACUUGUCACACAUCAGAGAUGUCACACGGGGGAGAAGCCAUUUUCCUGUCCUGAGUGUGGAAAAUGUUUUUCAGAUAAGUCCGGUCUUAAUCAUCAUCAGAGAUUGCACACAGAUCAGAAACGUUAUUCCUGUAAUGAGUGCGGGAAAUGUUUUACAAGAAGGUCCACUUUCAAAAAUCAUCAGAAAUCACACACAGGUGAGAAGCCGUAUUCCUGUUCUGAGUGCUCGAAAUCUUUUGUACACAAAUUUGAACUUGUCAGACAUCAGAGAUCUCACACAGGGGAGAAGCCAUUUUCCUGUCCUGAGUGUGGAAAAUGUUUUUCACAGAUGUCCGGUCUUAAUCAUCAUCGGAGAUUGCACAGAGCUGAGAAACGUUUUUCCUGUAAUGAGUGCGGGAAAUCUUUUACACAGAAGUCCAAUCUUCAAGUUCACCAGAGAUCACACACAGGUGAGAAGCCGUAUUCCUGUUCUGAGUGUGGAAAAUGUUUUGCAGUAAAAUCAGUUCUGGUCUCACAUCAGAUGUCUCACACAGAGGAAAAGCCGCAUUCCUGUCCUGAGUGCGGUAAAUGUUUUUCACAGAAGUCCAGUCUUUACAGACACCAGAGAUCUCACAAGGGGGAAAAGCCCUAUUCCUGUCUUGAGUGCGGAAAAUGUUUUUCAGACAUGUCCUAUUUUCAUAAACAUCAGAAAUUGCACACAGGUGAGAAUCUGUAUUCCUGUUCUGAGUGCGGAAAAGGUUUUAUACAAAAACAAGAACUUGCCAUACAUCAGAGGUCUCACACGAAGGAAAAGCCGUAUUCCUGUUCUGAGUGCGGAAAAGAUUUUAUACAAAAACAAGAACUUGCCAUACAUCAGAGGUCUCACACGAAGGAAAAGCCGUAUUCCUGUCCUGAGUGCGGGAAAUGUUUUUCACAGAAGCCCCAUCUUUCCAGACAUAAGAAAUAUCACACAGAGGAAAAGCUCUACUCCUGUCCUGAGUGCAGAAAAUGUUUUGCAGAAAAGUGGCAUCUUCGUAGUCAUCAGAGAUCGCACACAGGCGAGAAGCCGUUUUCCUGCUCUGAGUGCGGGAAAUGUUUUGCACAACAAUCAGGACUUGUCUCACAUCAGAGAUCUCACACGGGGGAAAAGCCGUAUUCCUGUCCUGAGUGUGGGAAAUGUUUUUUAGAGAAGUCUGGUGUUUCCAAACAUCAGAGAUCUCACAUGAGGAAGAAGUUACUUUCUUGUCCUGAGUGA